UUGGCCGAGAGCCAUCUCAUUUCUUGGGUUAGGGUUUCACGAUUCCGGACCAUCUGCUGCGAGGAUGGCGGCGGCGGCGGCGGAGUCAGUCCAGUGCUUCGGAAGGAAGAAAACAGCUGUGGCAGUGGCGCACUGCAAGCGCGGCCGUGGCCUUAUCAAGGUUAACGGCGUUCCCAUCGAGCUGGUGAAGCCGGAGAUCCUCCGUCUCAAGGCCUUCGAGCCGAUCCUCCUCCUCGGGCGGCAACGAUUCGCGGGCGUCGAUCUCCGCAUCCGCGUCAAGGGAGGCGGCAAGACCUCCCAGAUCUACGCCAUCCGCCAGAGCAUCGCUAAAGCCCUUGUCGCCUACAACCAGAAGUACGUCGACGAGCAGUCCAAGCAGGAGAUCAAGGACAUCCUCGUCCGCUACGACAGGACGCUGCUCGUCGCCGACCCACGCCGGUGCGAGCCCAAGAAGUUCGGAGGUCGGGGUGCUCGCGCUCGGUUCCAGAAGUCGUACCGUUAGAUGGACACGGUCUGCUAUUUCGCGCUUUUCCUAUUUUGCAUGCUUUCCCUUUGUUGUCCGAUGCGAUGGAUUUGCUCUCGAAGCGUAAUUACUCUCGAUUUCGAACCGGAUGAUUACUAAAAGUUGCUAUUUUUAAGAUCACUCAGUGAUUAUUUUUA